AAUAAAUUUAUUCGCCAUUAAUUCUAGUGCUCGGUGACGUGUCAUUUCUUUUCACGGCAACAUUCAGAGGAAACAGCACUAAGGGCAAGAGGAGUUCCAUUUGUGUGUAGCCAAGUGGAUCCAUUAAGAGUUAUAAUGGAAUCAAGAAAAGAUAUAUCAUUAGUCCAGAAAUAUGUCAAGGUUGCUUCAGUGGUCAGCCUAUAUUGGGUUGUGUCAAUAUCUAUGGUAUUUGUUAACAAAUAUCUACUGGGAGGCUCUUCCAUGGGGGAUAGAGAUGCCCCUUUAUUUGUGACAUGUUUCCAGUGUUUUGUGACUGUGGUGUUCUGCCUUCUCCUUAAAUACAGCUCUAGACUGUUUCCACAUGUUGUCACCUUCCCUGAAGUUGGAGCUUUGGAAACAGAGAAAGUGAAAAAGGUUUUGCCAUUAACAUGCAUGUUUGUCGCCAUGAUUUCCAUGAACAACCUGUGCCUGAAGUACGUUGGUGUAGCAUUCUAUUAUGUUGGGCGAUCGUUAUCAACUGUGUUCAAUGUCAUUUUCACGUACCUGAUCCUUGGUCAAAAAACAUCAUUACCUGCAGUGGCAAGCUGUGGUGUUAUCAUUGCAGGUUUCUUCUUAGGAGUAGAUCAAGAGAAUGUUGCAGGGAGUUGUAUUUGGAGUCCUUGCAUCAGCAUCUGUUUCCCUGAAUGCUAUUUUUACAAAGAAAGUUUUACCGGCUUUAGAUGGUUCAAUUUGGAUGCUUUCCUAUUACAACAAUGCUUUGGCCAUUGUUUUGUUUACUCCUCUGAUUGUACUGAAUGGGGAAAUACCUGCAAUUGGGAAGAUGAUCUCCGAAGGCUCUUUGAAUUUCUGGGGAUUAAUGGUUAUUGCUGGACUCUUUGGCUUUGCCAUUGGCUAUGUUACUGGACUUCAGAUUCAGGUGACUUCACCUCUCACCCAUACCAUCAGUGGCACAGCAAAGGCUUGCGCCCAGACCGUAUUGGCCACUUGGUGGUAUGGGGAAGCCAAGGCUGCACUCUGGUGGAUUAGUAAUUGGAUUGUCCUUGGAGGUUCCUUGGCUUACACGCGUAUCAAGCAGCAGGAAAUGAAGACUUCUCAUAAUUCAGGAUUAUCAUCGGAGAAAAUGGAAGCGAAGGGGCCUGAGAAGUGCUAGAUCCUGCACCCAGAUUCGCACCAUUGAGGCGAAACUGUAC